CGCUUCUGCUAUAUGCACCAUGGCGACGGGGACGCCAAACUUAAAACCAGAGCCGUUUUACGGAUACGUUUUCAUUUUACUUUUAAAAUCAAACCUGUUUUAUUGCCAGCAGUUCUCUAUUUCUUUUUCCCAACCGUCGGAUUGCGGGGUUCAAAAUUAUUUUGAUAUUUCCAGCUUGACUUGUGUGAAAUGUGGACCAAACCAAGUCAGAAGUAAAUCAGCAGGCCUGAGCUGUGAGUGUCAGACGGGUUUCAAGGUCCUGAACAACAAUGGAGGGUACAUUACCUGCCAAAAGUGCCCAGAAGAAAAACCGGGUGUUACACAGGAUGGAUAUGAAUGUAUCGUGUGUCCACACGGAGUGGGGGGAGACGGGAAGUGCCAGUGUGACGGUGUUCUUGUGGAAAGAAAUGAAAAUGGCACCCUUCGCCAAGAAGCUCUGUGUGUGACAUGUGAUGGAACAGAUCCAGCUUUUUCUUCCCCAGAUGCAAAAGGUGACAGAUGUGUGCGAUGUCAGGAAUCUUUCAUCAACACGUCUCAGUCCUGCCAAUGUGUCUCCAACAAGCUGCAUGGAGGAAUGUGUUUCCCUUCAAAUAACCUGCCCAUUUCGGUCGUUUCCACAAUCAGUUUUACUCAGUUGGGCCUGGCUGUUACUUCUGCCUGGUUCUCUGAUUUCCUGUAUUCUUCUGCAGCCGCAUGUCAGUUGUUCACUAAUCGGACAGCAUGCCAGGCUCUGGGGAACAUGUGCGUGUUGAUCAUGCACUCCUUAAGCACUGUCAGCAGCGAUGCCUGUGGUCUCUUCAACACCAUCUACAGAGCAACAGCAGCACAGGGCAACAACCAGGACAACCCAUACUGGAGGAUAAACCUGCCCUGGCUGUAUUAUGGAGAACAGCCAGGAUUAGCAUCAAGAGUAUUACAGACUGAGCCACUACCUGUAGGCUUCAGCUUUAAAGGCACAAACAAGAACACUAACAUAGAGCUGCGGGUCGCUGUAUACACAGCACAGGGAAUGUUUAUAAAAUGGGAGAAUGUUGGCGGAAGAGUCCUGCAGCUUUGUCCAGACACCUUAACCAGACAGCAAGCUGCUUACACAUUUGGGACAGCUUACAAGCAAAACUGUGUUCUCUCAGUGUCGGAUCUCCUGGCUGCUUAUUCGGAGCCUCUGUUUUAUGACGUCUUCCUGGUGCAGCGGAACUCUGCGGGGGAUGAGCGACUCCUGGCUGUGCCCAUUCUCAAUCUCAAUCUGCAGUUUAAUGGCCAGUUUGUCAACCAAGCCUCUGACAUGAAUAGCUGGUACCUGACACGACGGCUGAUGAUGAUCGAUGCUUUGAGUGGGAGAGAAAAGAGUCUGACAGACAACCCUAGAGUUAUUCGUGUCGCCAGUGAAUUAAAAAUUAGCUUCCAGCUGGUGCCAAACACCCAGAAAGGACAGGUUUACCCUCCGCUGAUGACCGUGUCCUACUCUGAUAUUCUCAUCACUGACCCGAACAAACAAACAGUACCUGUAUCAUUCUCCUUGGAGUAUGAGAUGGAUCAGAACGAAGCCCGAGUUAAAACUGAUAUUGCUCUUGGUGUGUUGGGUGGAGUGGCUGUUGUUUACUCUCUGUUGAAGACCGCUAGCUGGAAAAGAAGGAUCGCUUCCCCUCUCAUUGAUGUACAGACAAUUUUGAAGUUCCUGCUGUUCUACUCUGGAGAUUUGGCAAAUGUUUUCUUCAUCAUCACCGUGGGGACCGGUCUGUAUUGGCUAAUUUUUUAUAAGGCUCAGCAGUUUGUGUCUGUAUUGUUGCCAUUGCCAGCUCAAGAGGAACGUUUUGUGAUAUAUGUUGGCUGUGCUUUUGCACUUAAGGCCGUGCAGUUCCUUCAUGAGUUGUGGUUGCAGAUGUCUGUGGAUAUAUUCUUUAUAGACUGGGAGAGACCUCGAAGUGGCAAGUCCAGUAAAUCUGUGGACGGGUGUGGCGAAGGAAAGACGGCAGCACCUACAGUCAGCAUUUGGAGGACGUACUUUUUGGCUAAUGAAUGGAACGAGAUCCAGACCAUCCGUAAGAUCAAUCCGACCUUCCAGGUUAUCUCUGUGCUCUUCUUCCUGGAGGUGGUGAGAUUUUCCAGCCUUGCAUUGAGAGAUCCUUUUUCUGAGCUUCAGCGCUCAACUGAGGAAUAUAUACCUGCCUACAGCCGCAUACUGCGCUACGGUGUGGCAGCUGCUGUGUGGCUUUGCAUUGGUUUCAUACAGAUCAUCUUCUUCUCUGUUUUCUAUGAGCGCUUUGUGGAAGACAAGAUUCGCCAGUUUGUGGACCUCUGCUCCAUCAGCAACGUAUCAGUGUUGCUGCUUUCUCUUCGCUGUUUUGGCUACUACAUUCACGGCCGAUCUGUGCACGGCCAUGCCGACACCAACAUGGAGGAGAUGAACUCCAACCUGAAGAGAGAGGCAGAGAAUCUUUGCGGCCAGAGAGGACUGUUACCUAAUUCUGACGUUCAGACUUUUCAGAUCUCCGUAACAAGCCGUCUGAGGGCGCAGUACGAUCGCAUAUUCGAGCCGCUCAGCAGAAGAAAUGGACCCUCGAGAUUGAUCGAUGCCUCUGCCAACCCAUUCGAGCAGAGCACAAAAGCUUAUCACACCAUGAACCGCUUUCUCGCCUCUGUUAUUGACCAUGCUCAUCGUGAGAUGGAUUACAUUGUGAAAGAUAAACUGCUCUUUGAAAGAGUCAUCGGAAUGGAGUUUAUUGAACCCUUGGACAAAAGCAUUUUUUAUAAUGACGACUCUUACUCCUUUGCUGAGGUGCUUUUCUAUGGGAAUGAGGCGACGCUGCUGAUUUUUGACACUCUCUUUUUCUGUGUUGUUGAUCUCAGCAGCCAGAACUACAUUCUAGCAGCUGUGCUAACAUAUGUACAGCAACUGGUCUUCAGACUGAUCCGAAAUGUCACUGGUCGCAGGAACCUGGCCAGAAAAACUCUGGUUGACAAAAGAUUCCUCAUCUAAUUUACUUUUCUCAUCUUUUUCAUUUUGCAUCAAUGUCACUUUCAUUGUAGUUCUUACUUUGCCAACUUAAAGCAAGUUGUGUUUUGAUGCCUUUACAUUUUUAAUGGAUUUGUGUGGUAUGGACUAGGUUUCUUUUUAUUUGUAUAUUGUAUAUUUUGUUAUUUCUUGUGUAGUGUACAUAAAAUUCAUUAGUUUUCUACAUCAUUUAAGACUGUAUUGAUUGUGUGUACAGUGUAUGUCGUAGAAUGAAGAUUUUGAAGAUUCA